GAGCACCUGCAGCUGUUCGCGGGCUUCAAGGGCGUGGCCAAGCAGGAGGUGGACGGCGAAGUCGCCUCCACCUUGGAGCGCGUGGGACUCCAAAAGGCUGGCGCUUCUGCGGUGCACGCGGGAAAGCUGAGUGGCGGCAUGAAGCGGAAGCUGAGCUUAGGCAUUGCCUUCAUUGGCGGCUCCCGACUCGUGGUGCUGGAUGAGCCCACGUCCGGCCUGGAUCCCUUCUCCCGCCGCAGCGUCUGGGAGCUUCUUCGCUCCAUGAAGCACGGUCGAGUCACCGUGCUGUCCACGCACUACAUGGACGAGGCUGACAUCCUGGGAGACAGGAUCGCUAUUCUCCACGAGGGCCGCCUCCGGUGCUGCGGCUCUCCGCA